UGUACAGUACAGGAACCGCCUGCACACGAUGCAGGCUCUGGGAGUCGGGAGAAAGUAAUAAAUAUCAGUCGUGUUGUGCCCAUGCAAUGAUACAGUAUUGAGUGAAUAUAAAUAAAUUCACUUGUGGCCAAUAAUAAAGUAGAUAAUCGCGUAACGGUUUUGUGUGCGGGCCAGAAUCGAACGGUUCAGUAGAUACCGGCGUAUUGUUCUAUCUUAUUGUAUUAUUUGUUGGAUUUCACACCGUAAAAGAGAAUGAGCAAGCCAGUAGAGGUGGAAGAUGAGGAGUAUGUGGACGUGCGGUCCCUGCCGCUGCGUCCGCCGCAGCCGCAGCCGCCGCCGCAGCGCACCACGCGCCGGCCCUGGCACCCCGUCAUGUGGGACGACACCAUCGUCGGCCUGCCGCCCCCCGACCACAAGUACACUGCUGAGCAGGAGGCAGAGGAGAAGCAAUCACAUCGCGAGUACCCACACAAGCAACGCAUCCAGAACUUGCGACGCCUCAUCCAACAGGGCAAGGUGAAACCGGACUCCGAAAUGCUCAUCUUCUUCCUAUGCAACAAAUUUGCCGUAUCCGAUGAGAGGCAAGGAAAAAUAUCUGUGUGAUGUAUUUAUAUGCAUAAAUUACCUAGAGCAAUAGGAUAGAGUUGGCCGUAGUUAAUUUAAGCUGGAAGUUUUUUUGUGCUGGUAAAACAUCGAAUAACGCCAUUUUGGCCCGGAUUGUUCAUAAUGUGGCUACCUACAUUCAUAAACCAACUCCAUUCUUAUUGCUUCGUGAUAAAUUAUCUAUUUAUUGUGAUUGCAGAUAAACAAAAGUAACUUGAAAGGAACUGUCUUAAAACGUUUUUAGUCGUGUUUCUAAGUCACAUACUUUUAGUUUAUCUAUUUGGUACAAUAUAAAUAAAAAAUGCACUACUCAUUAUUCUUCAUUGGCAAAUAACAAGGUGUUAUGUAUAUGAUAUUUAAAUAUCUAAAAUUAAGAAAUUAUCGUUGUAAAUAUUAAUGUAAUUAUAUGUUUAAAAUGUUA